AUGGUCAUCUUUGGGAUAAUACAGAUUAUUCUAAGCCAAAUACCAAACUUUAAUAAGCUCUCAGUACUCUCCCUUGUUGCUGCUGUCAUGUCUUUCACUUACUCUUCCAUUGGCAUUGGUCUCACCGUAGCCAAACUUGCAGGAGGGGCACAUCCUCAGACAAGCCUAACAGGAAUACCAGUGGGAAAGACCAUGUCAAGUUUGGACAAAAUGUGGAACACCUUCUCAGCCCUAGGAGACAUUGCCUUCGCCUAUGCUUUCUCUAUUGUCCUCGUCGAAAUACAGGCAAGCCCUUAUGACACACUGAAAUCAAGUCCACCUGAAAACAAAGUCAUGAAAAAGGCUGCCUUCAUCGGAAUCUCGACCUCCACCAUGUUCUACAUGCUAUGCGGGCUCACCGGAUACGCAGCGUUCGGGAAUAAUGCACCGGGAAACCUCUUAACUGGUUUCGGUUUCUUCGAGCCCUACUGGCUUGUUGACUUUGCCAACAUGUGCAUCGUUGUUCAUCUUGUUGGAGCCUAUCAGGUAUUCUGUCAACCAAUAUUUGCAUUCGUGGAAGGUUGGAGCAGCAAGAAAUGGGCAAACAAUAGGUUUAUAACAGGAGUUCACUCCAUCAACAUACCAUUUUACGGCAGCUUCAACUUCAGUUUCUUCAGGAUGGUCUGGAGAACAGCAUAUGUGACGUUUUCCACCGUGUUGGCGAUGAUAUUCCCAUUUUUCAAUGAUUUCGUCGGUCUUCUCGGGGCCGCCUCAUUCUGGCCGUUGGCGGUGUAUUUUCCGAUAGAGAUGUACAUGUCACAGGCAAAGAUUCGGAGGUUUUCCCUUACCUGGAUUUGUAUGCAGAUACUGAGUGGAGCUUGCUUGGUUAUAUCGCUUCUUGCUGCUGCUGGAUCUGUUCAAGGCCUUGUCAAGUCCCUCCACACCUUCAAGCCCUUUAAAUCUCUAUCUUAA